CGAUGGCGAAGCUCCGGGUGGCUUACGAGUACACGGAAGCCGAGGACAAGAGCAUCCGGCUCGGCUUGUUUCUCAUCAUCUCCGGCGUCGUGUCGCUCUUCAUCUUCGGCUUCUGCUGGCUCAGUCCCGCGCUGCAGGAUCUGCAAGCCACGGCGGCCAACUGCACGGUGCUGUCGGUGCAGCAGAUCGGCGAGGUGUUCGAGUGCACCUUCACCUGUGGCGCCGACUGCAGGGGCACCUCGCAGUACCCCUGCGUUCAGGUCUACGUGAACAACUCCGAGUCCAACUCCAGGGCGCUGCUGCACAGCGACGAGCACCAGCUCCUGACCAACCCCAAGUGCUCAUAUAUCCCUCCCUGUAAGAGAGAAAAUCAGAAGAACUUGGAAAGUGUCAUGAACUGGCAACAAUACUGGAAAGAUGAGAUUGGUUCUCAGCCAUUUACUUGCUAUUUUAAUCAACAUCAAAGACCAGAUGACGUGCUUCUGCAUCGCACGCAUGAUGAGAUUGUCCUCCUGCACUGCUUCCUCUGGCCCCUGGUGACAUUUGUGGUGGGCGUUCUCAUCGUGGUCCUGACCAUCUGUGCCAAGAGCCUGGCAGUCAAGGCAGAAGCCAUGAAGAAGCGCAAGUUCUCUUAAAGGGGCAGAGGCUUGUAGAAAGCAAAGCACAGAAGCUGCACCCCUCGGCACACGUCCACCUGCGGAGCCCGUGUUUCUGGGCGCAGGAGAUGGGAAGGGCCAUGGCAGGGCCCUGAGAGGCUCGUCCCUCAGUGGCAGCAGAAACAGGCACAACUGGAAGACUUGGAACCUCAUAGCUUAUAUUCCAUGUAUUGUAGCGAUGGCUAAAGGGUCAACUCUAAGCUGUAUGGAGUAGCUAUUUCAAAAAAACCCAAUAAGAAGUUAAUUUUCUUUGGAAAGUAACAGUACAUUAUUUGUACAGUGUAGUAUACAAACCAUUAUGAUUUAUGCUACUUAAAAAUAUUAAAAUAGAGUGAUCUGUGUUC